GGUUGGGAUGAUGUAGGUUUCCAUGGCUCCCCUCAAAUUCCAACACCAAACAUUGACGCACUUGCCAACGAAGGCGUCAUAUUAAACAACUACUACGUGUCUCCGAUGUGCACUCCAACUAGAGCGUCAAUCAUGUCUGGAAAACACCCCAUCCAUCUUGGUAAGAUAAACAUGAGCAGCUCAAACAGUUUUCUUUGGUCGUAUAUAUAUAUAUAUAUAUAUAUAUAUAUAUAUAUAUAUGCCGACAUAACUGACUGAUUUGCAAAACGUAUGAAUCAAAGCAAUACAGAAUAAUGUAAAAUGAUGCAUGAUAGAUUAAAAGUAAGGUCAUAGAUAAAUUGACAACUACAAGAGCAAGGUAUGUUAUGUCUUUUGCGACUUUGCAAACAAAGUUUAUCAUAACACGUGUUUGUUAACAAGUAACUGUGGAUCCUUGUGGUAAGUAUAUUUCAGAUCUAGAUCAGACAAGACAGUCGCUUCAUCCGAAAAAAAAAAAAACCGAGUUAGCGUUAAAAAUAAUUUUGGGAAUCAAAGCUCAUGGAAAUGUCUCUUCCCUCGUCAUUAGGUAUUCAACAUUUCGUUAUCUUCGCCGCACAGCCUUAUGGUCUUCCGCUGAAGGAAAUAACGACAGCGCAGUAUCUCAAAUCCCUGGGUUACCAGACUCACGCGGUUGGAAAAGUACGCAAGUGCACAGCAUACACGUGUCAAACUUAGACCAUUAAUUUUCCGUAUUACAGCUCAAAUAAGCUUGCACUAUAAACUUUACACGACAUUUAAAUUAUUUACGACAGUUCUAUGUUCUGCUCGCUUUGAACUCAUCUAGUACUUGAAAGAUAAGGGAAUGAUGGGUGACAAGAAGUGAGGCCUAACUUUCUUUUUGGUUACAGUGGCAUCUUGGAUAUUUCACUAAGGAGUAUACACCUUUGUACCGAGGCUUCGACUCUUUCUUCGGAUUCUUGGGUGCGAAAGAGGAUUACUGGGAUCACAGCUCUUUUGAGGAUUACUGGGGCUAUGAUCUUCGAGAUAACGAGAAGGUAGGCAAAGGCAAAGUAUACGACUUGAACAGAAAUAAAAAAGUCAAACGAAAAAUAGAUCGUUCUCCUCUACAUACCACUCUAACUUCCCACUGAAUUCUAACCAUUUUAGCUUAUGUAAAACCAAGAGGCAGUGGCAAAAACAGUAAGAAAGAUUUUUAUAUCUUCCGAUCCUAAUAAGUAGAUUUUUGUCACUACAGUUUAACUGUCAUUAUUCUAUCAUGCUUCAGCCAAUCAGAAGAGAUGGAGUCUACGCCACGGAUCUCUUCACCCAUGAGGCCAUAAAAAAGAUCAAUGCUCACGACAAUUCUAAACCAAUGUUUUUGUACCUCGCUCACCAAGCAGCGCAUUCAGCCAAUAAGAACGAUCCUUUGCAGGCACCAAAACAUCUUAUUGAGGUAAUAGAAUCAGCUAAAUACUAAUUUGAUUCAUUAAACGUAGACAUCAUCUGAUUCGAGCAUAGUAAAAUUAAUUUUAAACAAGGUUUUUAUCCUGUAGACACAAUGUCUAUAGGUUUAUUUUUAUUCACCAGACUAUUAUACGUUGCAUCUUUAACCAAAUAUGUGAAGUCUAUUUAGGUCCAUCAGAAAAAAAACACCAUACCGGCACUAAAUCAGCUUAAGUUGUCCUUAUUUAAUAUUAUUAGUUUUACGGAAUAAAAUUUAAUGGGUAUUCUCUCAAUUUUUUAAUGAUUAAUAUUAAUACAUCUAUCAUAAAUUUGUUUCAAUGAUCAGUCAUUUACGGUCUUUCCUAAGAAAUUCAGUUUUAUAAAAGACAAAAGAAGACAAAAAUACGCUGCCAUGGUAACAUCAUUGGACGAAUCGGUUGGAGCAGUGAAGCAGGCACUCGCAGAUAAAGGAAUGCUACAGGAUUCUGUCAUCAUAUUCACCACUGACAACGGUGGAGCUCCUUAUGGAUUCAACUGGUAAUUACAUCCACUAAUCAUUACUACUGGUGUGGUUCGCAAAAAGUUUUAAACAUUUGAUAUUCUUUGAACCCGACAUCGGACAAUUAAAAGAAAAUUUACAACAAUUAUCAAAUCGAAUGUAAAUUAAUAUUAGCUCCGUUUUCAAAGAGGACAUAACAGUUCUUUUUAGCGUCACAAAUCGAGUAAACAAAGAUUUGUGUCGGCGAGUUGACCAAAGUUGUCGGCAAAUUGACGUCGGUGAGUUGACCACUGGUGUUUGCGAGUUAACCUGAGGUGGCAAGUUGACAAGUGGUGUUGGCGAGUUGGUUGUUGAAAUUUGCAAGUUGAAAUGUAGGCGUGUUGACAUGUCGGAAAAGUGACCGGUAAUCGAAGUGACAGUGUAUGGAGUCCAUGAAUUGAGUUCGUGGUAGAUUUCUUUUCUCUUAAUGUCAAACAUUUCAAACCCUCACGUGUAAUUUCAAAUAAGAAUUAGUUGUUAGCUAUUACUACGUUCGGUUCCUUGUCAACUGGCAGAUUUUGUUUCUGGAAUAGGAAUGCUGGCUCAAACUUCCCCUUCCGGGCAGGCAAAGACACCCUGUGGGAGGGUGGGGUGAAAGGUGUUGGUUUUGUCUACACUGCUAAUGAUCUCAUCAAGCAGAAAAACCGUGUUUGCACCGGACUGAUUGAUGCAACAGACUGGGCAGCGACUCUAUACCACUUAGGGGGAGGUAAUGCAGAGCUUAUAUCGGCCAGGACUGACGGAAAGAACGUUUGGGAGACGAUAUCGAACGACGCACCAUCACCUCGGGAUGAAGUGUUGCAUAAUAUAGACCCCAGGUAAGCCUUAGACAUUUCCUUAUUUUAACAAUAAGUACGAAUAUAAUGAUUUUAGAUAUAUGAAAUUCAUAUAUGUCCACUGCGGUGAAGAAACGAAUAUAAGAGAUCCUCGCAGCUAAGAACACAACUGAACUAGUAGUUUAAAUAAGACCUGGAAAAAUUCAGGCCCAUACGGGAUUUGAUUUGGCUUAAAAAAAAUUGUGGCAGGUCGGACACCAUUCACUUCCAAUAGCUGAUUGACUUUUGCUGUUGCAGUAUGGGUGAAAAGUUAAGUUUACACUUGCCCAUUAGUGUCAAGAUCAGUGAACUGCAACGUGGUCAGAGCAACAUAAUAAUAGCGCGCGAUCAGCUAGGUUGCAAAUAGAGGCAUGAGAGUUGGGUGCCGGAAUCAUUCUAUUCAUCGCAAAAACCUCUGAGGUCGAUCAGCUUACGAAAAGAGAAUGACAGAGAGGUUCAAUUGGCAAAACAUAACAGUAUCUUACGAUUUUGACCCGUUAACGCUUAAGGGUGAUACGCAUCUAACUUCUUCUCAGUGUUGCCCAGAAAAAAAAAACAUUUAGGUCACGAGAAUAAAGGAAAUUAUUACGAACAGAAGAAGUUCUUGAUGGCUAAACAAAUUCACCUUGUAAGUACUAAAGGAAAUUCACAGAGAAAAGUAUUAGGUUCCAGCACUGUUCGCUGCGCGGGCUCAUUGUGUUGUGUUUUGGACCAAAAUGACAAUGUCUCUACCUUUUCAGUACAAUAAACGGCGAAGCAGCGAUAGACUGGCAUUCUGCAAAUAAACCUCUACUUAGCGCGUCGUUAAAAACAACAAAACAAACAGUAUAGCCUUGAUGACUGUUGGGCAGUUCACAUGUUGUUUAAAGCAGCGCUCAUACUCUACCAAUCCAUUCCACAAUGUUUAACAGAUAAGGCGAGUCGCCUCAUACGUUGCUACCGUAGAGCUAAAGGUGAACAAUUUGUGAUAAAAAAGUGAGAAAAACUGGAUCAAACUCGAUUCUCGGUAACUGUGAACAGCUCCCCUCAAACGAAUGUCGGCUGUUUGUCGGCCGACAGCCGGGUUUGCUGAGCGUGCUUCUCAAUUAUCCGAUUUUCUGGGAUGUGGACCGAUCAGUUAUGUAAUUACAAUUUCAUACAGCACGACCCAUAAUCAUUUUAACUUGUUUACCGUCUAAGCUCCAAUAUUCUCACCUUGAUCAUUAUUACGCACAGACGAAAUUUUGAAGCCAUCCGCAAAGGCAAAUUCAAACUUGUGGUUGGGAUGGAUGACACGUACCAGUUAGGAUGGCACGCGAGGUACCCGACGGAACAUCCUCCUCCCUGGGAGGCAAAUCCAACACUUCCUGGAGCAGAAAUCCACUGUGGCCCGUGGACGAAUGGCAAAGGCAUGUGCGACUCAAAGCAUCACAAAGCUUGUCUUUUUGACCUUGAAAGCGGUAAGAAAACAAUGGCAAUUAACCAACGAACUAAUUUUGAUUAAGAUGCCCGCUACUACAUUGUGUAAAACAUGCGUGGCUUUCAAAAGAUUUACAAAUGCAUAUGUAUUUGUGAUCUACGAUUUCAAGAAAUACUUAUUCCCGGUUAAUAGAACCCUGUUUAUACAAACAGAUGAAAAAAGGCAAACAGAAACAAAAGACACUAAAAAUUACCCCCUUCCUUCCCUCGGUCAUGUUGAAAACUCUGUUGCUGAAAGAGUCGAAAAGUUCAGAGAAUCAAGCAAAAAAGGAAUAGAUGUCUUGUUGACAACAUAGUCGAACACCGCUAUUUGAGUGAUAAAGAUUUUACAACCUGUUUGCAGUGUGUAAUCCUGAUGUUUCUUCUUUUGAUCUCACCGACGACCUGACUAAAAAUCUCGAGACAAGAACCUAAAUCAUGCUCACGUAAGCAUUAUCUCUUGCAUGAUAAACAUCUUAAAAUAACUAAAGGGAAUAUUGAUCCUUUUCCCUAAGAUGAGAGUGGUUGAUGUGGACAUCAAUCAAUAUUGCUCAUAUGAAUUAAAUGUACUUCCCUUGCAUUUUUAGCCACCAUAGAUUAAGCACAAGGUAAGUGUACUACCUGACUUUCAUUGCCCACUCUUUAGGGAACCCUACAGGGAAAAUUUUUUUUUUGGCAUGGAAAUAAGUUCUCUUUUGGAGCUGGUCAUGUAAUGAGGUAAAGAUGAAGAACUUGAAGUAACCUUAAUAAGGCUUGUCUUUCAUAAUCAACACAACCAAGUAUUAUCAUCACCCACAAAAAAAACACAAAACAAUUAAAUAAUCUCUUCCCUUUUUUAAAUCUUUUGUAUUCAAAGCUGUAUACCUACUAUUAGUGUAUGCCUAUCACUAAGAAAAUCACAGAUUCUCUUAUUGUCAAAUUGGAUAAAAUCACACCUGCCACAACUUGUGUUUUCACCAAUGAAGUCUUUAUGAAUAUUUUCACUGACAAUAUUCACUUUGAGUUGUGAACCAGAGAACCUGUCCUGUAGUUUUCUCACCAAAUAUAGCAAAAGAGAGGCUUCAAUUUUUUUAAACUUUUUUCCCACAAAAAUAUGCAUAGGUCGAGGAAAAAGUCAGUUAGAAAGUUCAUGCACUCUCAGAUAAGUGGCUUCUGAAAAUACAUCACUGUAAAUUAAUAUUACCAAUAUUGGUUAAUCUAUCUAAGAGAAAGAUGAAGAGAUGCUAAAAUCAAUCUGUCUCCCUAAAAAAGAGUCUGAGUUAAAAAUAUUAAAGCUUUUUAAGACAUACCUAUUACACAAACCAAAAGAGAAUUUACUCCUUUGGCCAACUUCCUUUUUUCCUUUUUUCCUUUUUUCCCAGAAACCUCUUUCUCACCUCCUUUACAAAUCAUUGAAUAGUCUCAUAUCCUAACACAGAUCUCAAAGCAAGGAUUUUAUUGCAAAUGAGAUAAUCAACUAACACGAAAGGGUAGAAUCACAUCCACUUGGUGGAGAAAACUGAAAACAGACUGAAAAUUCUCUCAAAGAUGAGUUUCCACAAUUAGCCACAGGCUAGGAAAAAAAGUGUACAUGUAUAAUACAUAACUAUAUAAUUUAUGUACUGAGUUAUAAACCACCAACCAUUUCUGCUUGUGUGUAAAUGUAAAUGUAUCACAUGACCAAAUAUUUUCCACUUUGUAUAUUUGUCCUUGAAAAUUAUACGUUUCUUGAAGCUCUAAGUUUUCCUUAGAAAAAUAUUGGUGUAUAUUUUCACCAAAAGGAGGCUAUCCUUCAUAAAAUGAAAUUCAGGCUAUUGCAAUACUUAUGCUUUCAAUGUUUUAUAGUUUCUCAUUAUAAUAAUGAUUUAAGAUUGUCACUUGCAGUGCCAUUCCCCUACUGAAUGACAUUCCCAUAUGAACUGUAGUUUUACCUCAAACCAGAAUGUUGCCCAUCAAAUUAUAUUUCUGCUUAAAAUGUUUGACCUCUUAUUUUUGUCAUUUCAUCAACUUUUUUGUUCUAAAAACCACCUGGCUAAAUAUGGGGCACCAACAAUGACAAUUUUCAUUUACAUUUCUACAUUACUUUUACAUUACAUUUCAUACUUUAACCCCAAAGGUGACUAACAUGUAUCUUAAUGCAUCCAAUAAUAUCCAAAGAUUAUCAAGAAAAAAAAAUAAUGAGAAUGCUCAAACUCAUCAUGUAGAAGUUGCUAUCUUGAUGUAACACCACAUUCUUGUUACUAACUAACUAGGAAAUGUGUAGCAGCUUCAGAGGGCUGAGAUUUAACAAUCAAAUCUAAGCAGUUAACCCUUUAAGUCCCACUAGUGACCUAGACAGAAUUUCUCCUUACACUAUCAGUACAAUAUCAAGCAGACAAGUAAUGAGAAUAAAGAAAAUAUCAGUUAAGGGAUUAUUGGUUGAUCCAAUACCAAAUUCUCCAAAUUAGAAUCAUAUGAAUUGUAUAGCAGACAGUAAGAAGAAUUACUAAUGAGAUCUUGGGAGUUAAAAGUUAAAGGGUGAACUUCAACCAAUGCUGAACUUGUUCCAAGUUUACAUAGUGAAUACCUGAACAUCAGAUUCAACCCUUUAACUACAAGAGGUGACUAACAUGUAUCUUCAUCUUAUAAUAUCCAAUGAUUAUCAAGUAGGAAAAUGAUGAGAAUGCUCAAACUUAUCAUGUAGAAGUAGCUAUAUUGAUGUAACACCAAAUUCUUGUUACUAAUUUGCAAGGAAAUGUGAAGCAGCUAGAGAGCUGAGAUUUAACAAUCAAAUCUAAGCAGUAAAAGGGUUAAGUGAUGCUGAACUUUUUCCACGUUUACAUGGUGAGUGCUUCAUCUUAACCAGAGGGUGAUUGGGCGAAUCAAUGGCGGAUGGCUAUGCAAAGCCAUGACAAAGUCACGGGUUUGAAUAGCUUUUGAGAAUUCCACAUCUUCUUGAGUGUUAUUGCACGAGGAUAUGUAAACAGCAAAUUUCCUCCGUUACCUUAAUAAAAUAUUGCUAAAAAAUGCGCUCGAAUCUAAAACGUCUCAAAGAUGUUUACAUAAUUAUACUUGCGAAAAACCCUUAGUAACCCAUGAUACUAAUUUGUAAAUACAAGUAUUAGCAUAAAGGUAAAACGGUUGCCGACUGCUGGUUGAUCAUGAUAUAACUAAAGAAGUUCAAAUAUUGCCACACAUUGACUUCACUGAGUUGUACAGAAAACAGGAGAAAUUAUUGGCCAGAAUCAGUGGGUGAAAUGAAAAAAAACUACAUUUGCCCGUGUCGUGAAUUUGGACAUAAGCAUGUAGCAAAGUGGGAUAUAAAUAAUGAAUCUUGAUUAAUUUUCAAAGGCUUAAAUGUAAAUAUAUUCAACUGAUGUAUCGUUCUUCGCAAUGAUAGCUACGUUUUUAAACAAACUCUAACCUUUCUCAGCGGGCCGGCAGACGCCUGCUCUGAAUUGAAGUCCAUUAUGAAAUCAAGCGAGCGCUCACAAAAUAGUCGUCAACUCGACAUCAAUAAUAAUAUGCUUAGCAAGAGCAAGAACAGUCCUCAAUUAGAUCUUAAGCAAGGCAACCAGAAUGUGACUGUGACUUAAAAAGCCAAGUUCCACUCAGCAAAAACUUUGAGGUAGAGCUUGCAUUAGCAAUGUGUUCCAAGUCUCUCGCAGGUUUGAAAAACUACCGCGGCUGGUCACCGUGGCUUACUUAGAACUCCCGCCAAUAGAGGCGAUAGUUACGGCGGGGAGGGGAGGGUGUGGAACGCAAUUCUGGUUCAUCGUCAUUAAGAGCACCAAUUUUAAAAGGUCGGGUUUUUGCGAGAACCAAUCAAAUAUGAUAAUUUUAAGUGAAGGUUCUGAAAUAACAAACUAAUCACACUCUUCAAGGGAGUGUGUCUUUAACCAGUUAAAUUAUCAAACGCUUUUGUUUACUUGAAGUAACAAGAACAGAAUGAUUUCAGAGGGUAGCACGGCCUCGGUGGACUUCUCUUCCCUCCCCCCUCCCCAACCUAGUCUGACAAGUUUCUUGACCCUUAACCCCACUCGGGCAAAAUGAACGCCUCAAGGAUCAGAAGUUACAGCUUUAAAUCGAAACCUUUUUCUAUCCCUUUUCGGUAAAACUUUGAGGUGGUAUUUACUCUCGUUUUUCAGACCCUUGUGAAUACAGAGAUGUGUCAGAUGUCUAUCCACACAAGGUUCAGGAGUUGGAAGAGAGGCUUAACUACUACCGCAGCACGGCGCUGCCAGUUGUUUAUCCAAUGAUCAGCCCGAAAGCAGAUCCAAAAAAUUUUAAUAGUUUUUGGGGUCCCUGGGAAGUUCUCACAGAUAAGUCGGAGUACUUUUCUGCAAAGAGUGCUUGUAAAGAAGUGCAUGCAAAACAGGUCCAGCUUGGUUUACAUCGGAUGGUAUACUCCAAUCAAACCCUCUAA